UGCUCCGCUUGCCUAUAGGAAACAUAAACACUCCGUAUUCAGUAUGAUGCACUUUGUAAUCACACGCACAUAAAGGAUUCAGUAACAAGCGAUCUACAUUAAUUCGUAUUCUACAUUAACUCGUAUGUUUCUUAUCAAAUUUGUGAUAUAGGACCACAGCUUUAGUAUGGUUAAAUUGUGUUAUAUAAAGCGGAUAAAUGAAAGAAAACGUGUAGACUGGCGAACAAAUAAUGCAUUCAACAAUAUAAUCAGUUUAUAAUUUUAACGCUUUGAUGCAAAAGUUUACUGAAUAAUCAACGCCCUGACAAACAAGCGCAAUGUCGCAAAUAAAAUAGGCUAUCUGACCAAUGAUAAACACAGACUUUUUGAAAAUUUGGCAAUGGUUUGAAACUCUUACCUGACGCUCUUCUUCAACAUACUUCCACUCACGCAGCACAACAGUAUGUAUGUGGAUCCUACCCUGACGCUGCCUGUCUGACACAAUCCCUCCUUGCUCUUUGCCAGCUAAUCCAUCCUUUCAAUGGAAAUUGCCCAAUGGGUAAUGUAGGCCUACGUCACAUUGAUCGACAAGAGGUCGACAUUUACAUAAGCCUGGUCUUUAACGACAACCUGUCAGCGCAAGGCCACUUAAGAUCAGGACAAGACAGAACAACUGAUCACUGGCUGACCCAGCCCACGUGACUGUCACUGGUCAUUCAUAUCACUAGCGAGAAGACAGCCCCCCCUCAAUCUACGACUGAUUGAAGAAGGCUGAAGGUUGGCUGGGUUAGAACCCGGGUGAGUGGUGAGACGUUAAUCAGUCCCUUGGCCCAAAGAUCGGCCAUUGUGGCAGCUACGUGCAGGGAAAUCCAGGACGAUGCCACAAUGAGCACAUUCCUAGAUUUUACGACAAUAAGUAGUGGAGACGGAGGUGGCGGGGGAUCCUGCUCAGUUAGAGCGUUUCAUGGCGACCACGGACUUUCAACAUUACAGUCGUGUGCUGUCAGGGUAAAUAACUGCACGGGGGACGAGCGAUUCAUGUCUAGUAGAUCAUCACAAGACGCAAUUCCCCCUCAUCCACAUCAAGCCGGGACUUACCAGUCCCCCGGGACUCUUUCCAUCACCUACAGCGCCCAUCCCAGUUACGGAACUCAAAGUUUUUGCGCCGGGUACAAUCACUAUGCCCUAAAUCAGGAUGUAGAGUCGUCUGUGGGCUUUCCCCAGUGCGGCCCAUUAGUUUACUCUGGAAAUAUUUCAUCUACAGUUGUUCAGCACCGUAACCAUCGCCAUGGUUACAGCAGCGGAAACGCGCACCUGAAUGGCCAAUUCCAGUACGCCACAGCCACAUAUGGUAAUAUUUCGGAUCAAGGGAGCCUUACGUUUGUGGCGGGCUGCUCAAAUCCGUUAUCCCCUCUUCAUGUGACCCAUCACGACUCAUGCUGUUCACCUUUGUCAGAGGGCGCGUCCACAGGGCAGACUUUUGACUGGAUGAAAGUUAAACGGAACCCACCAAAAACAGGGAAAGCUGGAGAGUAUGGAUAUGGAGGGCAGCCAAACACGGUGCGCACUAAUUUUACCACAAAGCAACUGACAGAGCUUGAAAAGGAAUUUCAUUUCAACAAGUACCUGACACGCGCAAGGAGAGUGGAGAUUGCAGCAGCGCUUCAGCUAAACGAGACUCAGGUAAAGAUUUGGUUCCAAAAUCGUCGUAUGAAGCAGAAGAAGCGUGAAAAGGAAGGUUUGUUGCCCAAAUCUCCGUCCGAACCGAAGAAUGGUCCUGAAAAACCUGAAGACGCCUCCGAAAAGUCACUCUCAGCACCAUCGACGCCAUCUCCAGCUUCCUCCACCCUUGAUCCUUACUCCUCAAACUAGAAGCCUCUGCCAUACUGUUAAUGAUGAUGCAGAACAAUCAGUGACUCUCGUGUCAAACUUACUGUUAAAGUCAUCAUGUCUAUAAACGGACAGGUGUGAAAGUGUCACAUAUAGAGAACAAUGCACUAUUUAGAGAUUGUUUUGACCUGUACAAUUUUGACAGCUCGGUGUAUUUUAUCUGUACUUUGCGUUUUUGUCUUAUAAUUUAUUUUCUUUGGCACUUUGUCAAGCGACCAGAUAGAACAAGUUUUUACAAGUGGCUUGUGCAUUUUCGUGCACAGUAAUGGCAAACGCUGCACUUUUACACACCUUUGCUAGGUCGGACCUGUAAACCACUUGUCAAAAUGCCUACCUCAUGAACCGGAUGAUAGUGCAAUAUAUUUAUGGUAUGUUUGAAUUUAAGAGAAAUAAUAAUUUAUUGUCGUAAGUCUUGUCGGAAGAUACCAAUUCAGAUUAUUGCAUUCAUACGAGUUUAACAUAAUACGCAAGUCUUUAAAGUUUUCGACCGGUCACACUGAGUUUUAUCAGUCGGAGAUGAUGGGUCAAGCCUUUCUCGCUUACCAUGCUUUAGAAAAAGAUCAUGACACGGGUGAAUUAUAUGUGUGUAUUAAAAUAGUUUACAAGUGCAAUU